AGCAGCAGUGGUCCAGCCCCUCUGAAUCUGAAAAGCAUCACCGGAGCCUCUGGAUAAAGACCAGCCUCAUAGCAGGGCUAGGAGAGAGGAUUUCUGCUCAGUGCUAAGCGAGAAGCAGAUGUGAGGAAGCAGCAGCAUGGAACUCAAGAGAGGAAGGACCUUCAUAAAAUCCAGUGUGCAACACGAGAAAGUGCCACCAGCACACACCACUCCUACAAACAGAGAUGAUGUGGGCAAGGACAAAAGGGCUGCUCUGGAGGGAAAUCAAAGCGUAGCCCAAGUCCAGCUGGCGUGUUUGGCCACGCACAAGAACUACAGAUUUUCCAGCAGAACAGCAAGGAGUGGAGCUGGUGAGAACAGCCUGGAAAAGCCUUCUGGAACCUACUACAAACUCGUGAGGAAGAGUAAAACCCACGACUGCGUUAGUGAGGCUGAUAAAAGCGAGCGGUGCAGCCCAAGCAGCAGGGCUUGUGAGGAAGGGUUUGCUGCAAAGGGCAAGGGGAGACUUAUCAAUAGCGCCAGCUUUUCAGGGGUGUCCAGUUCCACCAGUAAGAAAGAGUGUGUGGCCAGCCCCAGUCCGCCCGCCUGCAGCAGCCAGAUGAUCGAUUACAGGAACUUUGUGCCACAGAUGCCUUUUGUACCGGCUGUUGCAAAAACUAUUCCCAGGAAGAGGAUAUCCCUCAAGAGGUCGAAGAAAGGGCUCAGAGAUAUAUUUCAUAUAAAGAAAAGUAAGCCAGAGAGCCUCACGUUCCUGGUUGACAAGGACAAGAACCUGUCCUCUCCGGGCUGCAAGGGUGAGAUGCCUGGGCGUCUCGCAAAGUCCUUUUUCAAAACUGGAGAAACAUUUGCCACUGAUUGCUUGUCCCAGGACUGCUCUGACAACGAGCUGCAGUCUGACUCUUCCUACGACUGCUGCAACGCUCUGUGUGAAGAUGUCGCAUCGCUGAAGAGCUUUGACUCCCUCACUGGCUGCGGGGAAAUCUUUGCUGACGAGAGCUCUGCUCACCUGGAGCUGGAGAGCAGCAAAGAAGUCCUGGUGAGACGGAGCAAGCACAAGGAGAGCCCCGUCAUGGGCUCCUUCCAGGGUGGUGUGGAGCAGCUGGCCUCCCCUGGCCAGAAUGAGGCCGUUGAAUUUGCAAAGUUUUGGGACAACAUUAACAAAUCAGUGAAGCUGCAUCAGAGCAUGCUGUUUGAUAAGAAGGUACUGAAGGUUCCCGGUUCUGAAAGGGGAAAAGCUGGAGGCCAGGCUGCUGCACCUGCCAUGAGGCCCCAGACACCGCCGGAUAAAGAUGGGGACAAUUCCAAAGAGAGCUCCACAGAAACCGGAACGCCAAAAAGUGACAACCAGGAAUCCAUAUCCACAAGCGAUGAAGGCUACUAUGAUUCAUUCUCUCCUGGACAAGAUGAUGAAGUGAAGGAAGCUCAGACUCCUGGGGUCCCAGGCAGAUUUCCAAGAGACAGCUACAGUGGAGAUGCCCUUUAUGAGCUCUUCUAUGACCCAAAUGAAGUCAAAAUAAACCCGGUCAUGGAUGAUGACUUGUGUACAUCUGAAAGCAUUUCAGAACAAGCCAUUGAAAUCCCCUUGUCCAUCUACAGCUUUCAUGUGGGAGCUGAAGAAAACAUGGCUUCCCAGCCAGGUAUAGACAUUAUCAGCCAAGGAUUUUUCCACAGCACGUGGAAAGGCAAAGAAUGCUUGCUAAAGCUCUGUGAUACUGAGCUUUCACUAACAAUGGGGAUAAUAAACUGGCUGCGAAAACACACGGGACUUGUUUCUUCCCCAGACUCUCUGCAGAGUCCCAAAUCACAAACAGAAAAGUGUAAUGACUCACUGGUCACUUGCAGUCCCAGCCCAGAGCAGAAAGUUAGCACAGAGGCUCAGCAGGAGAAAAAGAGCAAGGAAGAAUCUAAUUCAUCUCACCUGAGGGUGUUUUUGGAUGAAGGCAAGGCUGCAACCCAGACCUCUUCAGAAAAUGUUGCUGAAAGAGAUUCUUACACUCACACAGCUAAUGUGGCCUUCCAAGGAAGGACAGGGUGCCAACACCAGGACUCACCUACAGUGCCUGGCACUGUAGAAACCAAAGCAUCAAACUGUGCACCACAGUCACAGGCAAAUGGGGACGACAGACAUCCAUCUUCAACUGAGGAUGAGAAGGAGACAAUGCCAGAGGGAUGCCAGACACCAGGAGGUGAAAACCUGCUGACAGAAGGUUUGAGCAGACACUGUGGCUCACAGAGCUCUGAAAACCCUUUGCUAAAUGACAGUCAUGACGUAGAGUCUUGUUAUUCCUACAAGACUGCUGCCACCUCACCUCUGGAGAGGGAGGACAGAAGUGAAGUGAUGUACCACUCUUUGUCCAUCUGCGAUGAGCUGCUGCAGCCUCUUGGGCUUGGACAUUUCCAGGGCUACGUCAGCCCCACGCCACGGGAGAGCAGUGCUGGCAUAGUGCAGCUCUUGGAGCACUGCAUGACACAAGUGGCAUCGUUAAAAAUCAGCUAUGACAACAAGCACCUGGAAGACAACUGCAUUGGGAAUGACAUGAACAGUAUUAUCUGUAAGAUGUCUCAAUACAAAAACAAGCUGUUGUUGCAAAAUGAAUGCAACUGCACUGACCAAAAGCCAGAAUACUGCAAUAUUCCCUGCACAAAUCAAUACAAUUAUGAAACAGGCCUCCAAGCCAGCAAUCUGUAUAAUUUGAAGCAAAACGGGGAAAAAAUUUACUCUGAAGAGCAGAAAAGCAGAGCAAAAUUCCUAGAUGAAGUCACCAGGGGCAAGAUCAAUUUUGAAUAUGCCCAGCUAAAUAACAAAGCACUCUCCUAUUUAAAAGACUUCACGUUUGAGCUCAGUGCAGGCGAUUCGGUUCCCACAGCUCUCAGCAGGCCCACGUUCCUACCUCUCCCCGGUGCUCCCGCUGCCUCACCAGCCACGCACAGCCUGCCCAGCGCCCCGCAGCCCUGGGGGGCUGAGCAGCACAGCCCUGGGCCCUGGGGCUGCAUGGCAGGAGGGGCUGCCCUGUGCCCCUGCCCGGAGGCAGCAGCCCCAGACAGCACUGCGAUGGGGAGCAGCCACCCAUAGCACAUCGUGCUGAGAAGGUGACUGCUGAAGAACCCACUUGUAGAUAUGGAUGCAGCUCACCUCUGCAUAUUAUACUGCAUGGCAAAAUAACAAGGACGUUGCAACUACAUCAUACUCAACAGGACUUUUCUCUAGAAACCCCACCAGCGGUGUCACAGCAGUUGGUGAUGCCAGCCUGUCUCAGCAGUUAGUGCUUCCUGACUACUUCAUGCCCUUGAAACCAUGUUUGCAGAUGGAUGUUAAAUAAUAUUCUUCUUAAAACAAAAAAAAAAGUAGGAUUUUGGAGGAAGUUGUGCCAUGAGAAGAAGGUUUAAGAAAAACAGUGUAUUUCUGUCAUAUUUUGCCACAUGACAACAGAAAAUGUCACUAUAUUUUAAUACACAGAUAUAUGCAGAAUGAUCAUUCACUUGUGAAGUCAUUUUGAGGAAGUAUAAUUAUUUUUCAUUGCCAUAAUUUUUCUUGAAUUUUACAGAAACGCUUUGCAUAUUUUAUGGCAACUUUUAAUCACCUUAAAGUAACAGGGUUGUAGGUGGUACUCUACAUUACUGUGGCAAGAUUUACUCCUUGGGGAAAGACAUUCUGAAAAUACCCAAACAAAAUAUCAGUAAGCAUAAUACAGUGUCAUAGAAUCAUAGAAUCACAGAAUGGCCUGGGUUGCAAAGGAGCACAGUGCUCAUCCAGUCCCAACCCCCUGCUGUGUGCAGGUCGCCAACCAGCAGCCCAGGCUGCCCAGAGCCACAUCCUGCCUGGCCUUCAAUGCCUGCAGGGAUGGGGCAUCCACAGCCUCCUUGGGCAACCUGUGCCAGUGUGUCCUAUACUGUCCAAACACAUGCAUUUAUCAUGUAGCAGAAAUGAUAAAUGCACUAAAAAUUGGUGGAUUCAAACAGAACUUAGUUGACUUUGUUUUAAAGGAGAGAAAAAGCUCAGUUUAUGUCCCAGAAAACAGCUGCCUUCUUUUCCCAAGUGAUAAACCAGAAAGAACAGGGUAAGAUACAAUAUUAACAUGAUUUUCAUGUUUUGUAAAGAUGUGGUUGGAGUCCCUUUAACAGGACGGUUAUUUUCACACCCCAAGUCUAAUCUGUGUUGGCUGCCUUACCCUUGAACAUAAGUGCACAAGUAUCCUGCACAGAACUUUGUCCCUAUGCAGGCAACCCCUUCCCUUUUGGAAUUACAAUGCUACCUUCAUUAACUUUGCUCACCAACUCUCUUCCUACAGAUUAUAAUACAGAAAAUAAUACAGAAAAUUAAAAUAAAUGAUGAAAAAAAUUACACAGACAUUUGUAAUUACAAAAUUUCAGAUCCGUUUCUAUGAAAUUUCUUAUCUAUUUCCUGUCCUGUUUUUACAAGAACAGAAGCAUUGAGCAGUUAUUUGUGCACAUGUAACAUCAGAAUAACAAUUUAAAAAGGAAAAUAACUACGUACUAUUUGAAAGAGGAAAAGAGGGUUUUCCCUCUCGUGGUUUACUGAGAAGUACUAGAGUGUCCUGAGAAGGAUUAUUUUUAAAAUGCUAUUUACUGCUAAAGCCUUGACAUUACUUCUUCAAUGCAGAGUUCACUCCAGUUUCAGAGGUUUUUGGAACUCCCAGCACUCAGAUGUAACCUUCAGAUGUGAAGCAUCAGGUACUGUAUUAUCCUAAAGAAAUCCCUACUUACUGCUGUGAGUGAACAGAACGCUUAUUGCUUUAGGGAACCAGAGUGCAAAUCAUCUCAGACCAGCAAAAAUGUUUGGGAAAAAUGUAGGAAGAAAUAUCCCACAUACAUGCACUGCCAGGAUUCUUCCAAAGCAGAGUAUGAUACGGAAUUUGAGUAUUCCAGCCAAAGAUGAGUGAUGUGAACUUAGCAAAAAGUUUACAGCAAUUCUUUUGUUUCACUUAAAAUGUAGAAUUGUUGUAAGUAGGUCGGAGUGUUUGGUGGCAAGAUAUUGUAAAUCCUUAGGGUGUGCAGGAAAUGCACAGGAUGCAUGACAGGGGUAUUUCAGGGAGAACAAUGAUACAUAUUCUGACUUCUACAUAGUGGAAAGGAUAUGGAGCAGUGGGGCUUUUGGAGGAUAAAAUACACAUGUAUUUUACACAUACACCUUGUGAAUAUGCACCUAAAAAGAGGGUUCAUGCAUACUUGUCGAGGUCAAGAAUAGGGAAGAAAUGGGAAGUACUGUUUAGAAAAAUUCGAGUAGCAGAUUAAUAGAAUUUACCAUGCAUAUAUGAAUAUGUAAUUACGAUACA